AUGGCAGUUGGGGCAUCGAGGAAUAUCACAGGUCAUCAUAGACGCCGGAGUUCUGUGCUGACGGUAGCGGGCUCGUCUCAGCUUCAUCCGGUGUCGACGGACAACUACUCAGACAGGGAAGGUCGUCUGAGCCCCAAAGAAGACGGCCCCAAAGGCGAGGAGCAGCAAUCUCUGAUUCAUGAUCAUACUGAUUCAUCGGAUUUAUCGUCCAUUGCAGAAUCAGAUGAAGAUGACUCCGAUGAUGGAAUUCACGAUGACGAAGAAACUGGAUUAACCGCGAAACAAAGAAAUGAACGGCGGCGACGGCGCAAGCGACAACGUCGGCGACUAGAUGCGAAGAUUGCUGGUGUUAGAGGCAAAACAAGCAAUGUGGUUGCGGACAAAAACGUAGCGGCAGCGCUUGCGGUCAAUGCAGGUCUGAUAGGUUUAUGGUAUUUAUUUUCAUUGUCAAUCUCUAUAUAUAAUAAGUGGAUGUUUUCAGAGGAUGAUAUCGUCUUUCCUUUUCCACUCUUCACGACAAGUUUACAUAUGCUCGUUCAACUCCUGCUCGCCGCCCUCAUACUCUUCUUCGUGCCUUCGCUUCGCCCUAAACAACAACCUGGUUCCUCCUCCAAAUCCGAACCAAUUAUGACAAAAUCAUUUUACCUUACUCGCCUGGUCCCUUGUGGCACCGCUACCUCGUUGGAUAUCGGACUGGGCAACAUGUCCCUGAAGUAUAUAUCUCUUACAUUUCUUACCAUGUGCAAGUCGUCUGCACUUGCUUUCGUGCUCCUUUUCGCAUUCAUAUUUCGACUGGAGACUCCUUCGGCUAAACUUAUUUUUGUUAUCGCUGCCAUGACCCUUGGAGUUGUUAUGAUGGUCGCCGGAGAAACGGCAUUUGAUGCUCGUGGCUUUGCUUUGGUUAUUGCUUCCGCUUUCUUUUCGGGUUUUAGAUGGGGUCUUACUCAGAUUCUCUUGCUUCGACAUCCGGCAACUUCGAAUCCGUUCUCGACAAUGCUCUUUCUCACGCCAGUGAUGUUCAUCGCAUUGAUUGCGAUUGCGCUCGGAAUUGAAGGACCUAACGAGAUCAUUGCAGGCAUCAAAGCGUUGGCGGAAGCCCGCGGGCAAUUUAACGGGAUUGCACUACUGAUCUUCCCAGGAAUUCUGGCAUUUUGCAUGAUAGCAUCCGAAUUCGCUCUAUUGAAACGUUCCUCCGUGGUCACUUUGAGUAUAUGUGGAAUAUUCAAGGAAGUUGUCACUAUCAGUGCCGCGGGCGUUAUCUUCCAUGAUAAAUUGACACCAGUAAAUGUUUCCGGUCUUUUUGUCACUAUUACAAGUAUCGCAGCGUACAACUACAUGAAAAUCAGCAAAAUGAGACGUGAUGCACGACAGGAAUUGGAGAAGAGGACGGAAGUCGAGGAAUACAGCGCCUCUCCGGACAUAGGAGACUCGAACGACGAACAUAUCGCAAUGAACCAGGCACCAAACCACGAAACAUUCAAUAAUCACCACACCACCACCAGCUGGAAUACUUAUGAAGCAGAUGUCAAUGACGAAAGCGCAUCUAGCAGCGGAGAAGGCGACGAGAAUGUGAACAUUACACCGAGAAAUGACGUUCGUCGUGGCCGCUUCUCAUUCCCUGUACACGUCAGCGGAACCUCUACAACACCUGGAGGAGGACAACCAGCACAACAACCGCAAUCUGUCCCCCAUUCACCUAUGAAUAUAUCCGACCCAGCAUAA